UCUCGCUUCUCAUACGCUCCUUGUCGGCGCUUGGCUUCCUCUCUCCCAAUUAAAUUCUUGUCGGUUUCUUCCCUCUCCUAAUCCCUAUGUUUUCCCUCACUCUCUCUCCUUUCCCCUUAAAAAACCCUUUUUCCCCUUCCAAAAUGGACGCCGGCGCCGCCACCGGAAACAACCCCCGAACUCUCGACGCCGUUUACCGGCGUAAACCUGCCAAGAAAACAAAACAAUCCAACAAGAAAUUAAAAAAACCCAUCAAAGUUGUGUACAUAUCCAACCCCAUGAAAGUUCAAACCAGUGCUUCUGAAUUCAUGGCUUUGGUCCAAGAACUCACCGGCCAAGACGCUGACUUUCCUGACCCCUCUAAAUUCCCCCCAUCCGCGGUAUGCGACGACGCCGCCUCCACCGACCAACUCUACAACACGGUAUCCGGUGGCGGUGACGACGACGGUGCUAGUAAUCUUAUUGUGAAUAGUAACAACCCUUCACUUGUUGACGACGUGCCGGCGGAGGACGACAUUCUCGGUAGCUUUUAUGACGACUUUGACGACUUGAUUUUUCCUCCUCCGGUAAUGGGAAACUUAUCUGGGUUGCUUCCGGGUCCCAUGGCAGCGGUUGUCUAUGAAUCUAAUGCAAGGUGAAAAUAUUUUUUGAUAUUAUAAUGUGUGAAAGAUCCUUGUAUCUCUUUAAUUUUAUCUUCCAUUUUUCUAUAAGCUUUUUUAAUGAACAUGUAUAAUUGUAUAUUAAUUGGGGAGUAAUUGUUAACUUGUGAAAAAAAUAUCAAGGUAUCAAAUUUAUGAUAAAAAGAUGUUUUAAUAAAUUAAAAGGAAUUUGUGGAUAUUUUAAUUUA